AUGUCGAUCUUGCUGGUGACCCGGGAACUCCCCUCCUCUCCUGCUGUCGGUGCUUUCAUUUCGAACCUGUCCGCCUCCAACGCUAAAGGCCUGCCUAAUGCUUUCUUUCUCCACUUCCUCGUUAUGAAUGGUAAGACGGAAGCCUCCCCGAACGCCUACCUCAAUCUCGCCCGACUGUAUGCGCCGACACAAUCCGUGGUUCUCUUUCCAGACGACAUAUCCAAUCGGCCGAACUUCACAUCACCCACCUCUGCUGCACUGCUCUCUGACUUCUCUUCUCCGUCCGUCCUGGUUGGCUCUGAUGAUCAUACUUCGUUCCCUUUCGAGCCGCUAGCGCCUCUGGCUCUGGACCGCGUCUUUCCUCUGUGGUGCGAUGAGCGGUUCAUAUCUGGUUCAAGGGAACUCGAUUGGACGGAAUAUCUGUGGCAAGUGUGGCUAGAGACGUUUGGUGAUGUCUCGGUCUAUAAUACAGCCCAAUGGUCCGAGGCCCUCCCGGCUACUCGGGCUGUAUCAGGCAAGCCAUCCCCUGCCCCGCUCGGUGCCCUGAGUAGAAAGAUUCACACGAAGUUCAGCACGAGGUUCCGGCUGGAGUCGUGUAUUCUCGCGUCCAAGCAGCUCGCUUCGACGGGUGAUCCUGAGCUCAUCACCCCUAAAGCCCGGUGGUUGAAGGAAAAUUGUCCGCAAGGAUUGAGCGUAUUGUCGUAG